CUCCGUCCCGCCAUUGCUACCAUGGGCGUGCUCUCCAAGCUCUUUGCCAUCGCCGCCGCCGUCGCGCCGUGCGUCGCCCGGGACGGCCUCAAGAACGUCGUUUACUUUAUGGAGUGGAGCAUCUACGCGCGCAACUUUCACAUAUUCGACCUCGAUUGGUCGCGCAUCACGCAUGUCAACUACGCCUUUGGCAAGCCCAACGCCGACGGUACCGUGCAGCUCUACGACACGUGGUCCGCGACCGACAAGCGCUACAUUGACCACGGCGACUCGUGGAACGACCUCGGGAACAAUGUCUAUGGCCAAUUCGGGCACGCCAACAAGAUGAAAAAGAUGCACCGGCACGCCAAGUUUGGGCUCUCGAUCGGCGGCUGGACGCUCAGUGGCCUCUUUAGCGGGUUUGCGGCGACCGAGAUGGGCCGGCGAACGUUCGCAUCGAGCGCGGUGCAACUCAUGCUCGACCUCGGCCUCGACUUUAUCGACAUUGAUUGGGAGUACCCCGUCGAAGGCGGCAACGCGAUUCCGCACUCACCUGACGACAUGGCCAACUUUGUGCUCCUUUUGCAAGCUAUUCGUGACGCGUACGCAUCACUGCCAUUCCUCGCCGAGCUCAGCGUCGCGUCGCCAGCCGGACCCGAAAACUAUGCGCACUGGGACUUUCCAUCCGUGUGUGGGCUCGUCGACCAUGUCAACUUGAUGGCGUACGACCUCGCUGGCAGCUGGAGUGCGUACACCGACUACCAAAACAACUUGUUUGCGGACCCGCAGCAUCCAUCUGGGAAGCAAUAUUCGAUCGACCGCGCAGUGCAAGACUACAUCUCCGGCGGCUGUCCGAGCGAGAAGAUCGUCAUGGGCAUCCCGCUCUAUGGCCGGUCGUUUGAAAACUCACACGGUUUGUACACGCCGUUUACAGCGCCGACCACCGGCUCGUGGGUCUCGGGCAGUGACGGCGCCGGCGUCUGGGACUACAAGAUCUUACCGCGCCCGGGCGCGACCGAGCUCUACGAUGAAAAGCUCGGCGCCGGCUACAGCUACGACGCCAAUUCGCGCGUCUUUACGUCCUACGAGACGCCCCGCAGCCUCGCCGCCAAGCUCGAGUACAUUGACAAGUACGCUCUCGGUGGCACCAUGUUUUGGGCGGGCGACGCCGACGCGCCGUUGGCAUCAGGGCGGUCGCUGAUUGCGCAGGCACACGACUUCUUUGGCCGUGACAAGCUGGCAUUGUACGACAACAACGUAGCGUACCCGACGUCCAAGUACGCCAACAUCCGCAACAGCUCGUCGUCGGGCACCGAGACGCCGGCGGUUGCAGCAGUUGCGACGCGAGCGCCGUCGGUACUUGCGACGAGCGCGCCGCCUGCAGCCACGGACACACCGGAAGAGGACGCAACGGAAGCGCCAGCGACGGACGCACCUACGCAGACGGUCGCGCCGCACCGUCCAUCGAGCGAGGCGUGCGCCGGGUACCGCAACACGUGCUUUUGGCCGCUGACCAAGUUGCCGCUUGCGUACACCAAGAGCGACUGCGACAAGUUCAAAGGCACGUUUGUGUGGUGCCCCUAGUCGAUCCAAAGUGUCUUAGUGUCUCACAUUCCUGCAUCGUAUCGUCCUUUUUAUUUCCAUGACCACUAAGAACUGUGUGCGUCUUGUUGCA